AUGAAGUACGCAAUCUCGCUCGUUGGCCUUUUGGCCGCCGCCGGCGCUCAGGCUGAUGACUGUCCUGAAAACAACUGUGUUCGAGCGGUGAUCGCGUCUGCAUUCACAAAUCGACCUACCGCAUCGGACUGCAGCUCGUUCCUUUCUGCAACUGUUACUCCUGUUGUCUCUCAAACAUCAUGGGAAAAGACAACGUCGACGACAACCACUACCGCCGAGACCCGUACAGCUACUAUUAAACUAGGGGACCCGGCGCCGGAGCUCCCCACUGAGACUUCGUCGAUUUCUUAUCCCUAUGGGGCUCCUGCCCCCACACAGAAGCGAAGGCGCCGUGCCUUUGGCAAAGUAAAGCGGGAUGACCCCGCCCCACCGAACCCAAUCCCAGACGGCUUGGUCCCAACAUCACCACCCCUGGCCACCGAGAUAACUAUCACUCCCACCAGUCUGCCAACGUAUGCCGCCGCCGCAUGCGUCCAUUUUACUUCAAAGGGAACUGCUAGGUCACCAGCAUCGAGAUUCUCCCACGCUUGCUCGUGCAAGGGCUUCACAGUAGCAACCCAAAGAGAAACUACGUCGACGCAUAUAACCACCUACACUGUCACAACUGCUAUCACGACAUUUACGCCGCUGAGCUGGGUCAUAGCAACCUCCUUCAAGCUACAGUUUACUGGAGCCUCUUUCGCUGGGUCUUAUGUUGGCACUUCGACCGCCCCUGAUACAGUCUUCAUCAAGCCUACGCCCUUGGCCCAGGCUGUUGAUUUCAUCAUUCACCCUGACCGUAAACCUAGCUUUCCGGCUCCUCCUUCCCCCAUCGGUGGGUCGGCUUCACAGCCUGCGGAUCCCGAUGGUAGGAGGAUUACUUGCAAGAAUAGCGGGCUCCUUACCGUCAAGAAGUCGACAAAUGCGAAUAACCAACGGUUUUUCAAAGUUUUAAGCGAUGGAAACCCCGUUUCCCUCCCAGCAGAUCACUUCCCGGUUCUUUGCAAAAUCAACCCUGAUGACAACAUCUUCACUUGUCAGGGCGAGGGAACUACCUCUCCCGUCGUCGAUUUUGGAUUUGCUGGCUCGAAUCCGGCGGAUUACCUCAUGCGGAUAUAUGGGGCUGACUUUACAUAUACCACGGGUGGCCCUUAUAUAAAGAAGGAAAGCUUCCAGCUAAAAGCAGUCUAG